UCUUGGAGACGUCAUGUCCGUUUUGCAGCGCCGAAAAGAAUCGACAACAAAACCGACUCCCAGUGGGUGUUGAAGAACGAGAGAUGGCAGAGCUUUCGCUUUAUCUUACAAACAUCAAUGUGUCUUUGGGACAAAAUAUGGACGUAGAAAAGAGCCAAAAUGCUGGAAAGGACUUUGAGAGUGUGGAGUUGGGUGAGUUGGGCAAGAAGCAGAAAAAACCUCGCAAGAUCAUUCACUUUGCCAGUGGAGAGACCAUGGAGGAGUACAGUACGGAGGAGGAAGAAGAGGAGGAACCUGAGAAGAAGGAUCUGAUGUCUGCCCCUGACCCGGCAAAAUUGACCUGGGGGCCCUACUUUUGGUUCCACAUGUGGAGAGCUGCCACUUCUACUGUCUCUGUUUGUGACUAUCUUGGAGAAAAGAUGGCCUCAUUUUUUGGAAUCACCUCACCGAAGUACCAGUAUGCUAUCGAUGAGUAUUACAGGAUAAAGAAAGAGGAAGAAGAGGAAGAGGAGGAGAACCGCAUGUCUGAGGAGGCAGAGCGCCACUUCACAGAGCAGCAGAACCAGGAGGGCCAGGAGCCAACGACGGAGCAGCCCGAGGGCACCGCCUCCUUUGUGAACAUCACUUUUGAGCUGGAGAAAGAGACCCAAGCCAUGGCUGACACUCACACCAUGUCUGACACUAACAGAGCCACCGCCCCCAUCCCUACCUAACACACUGUUAACCUGGUUUGAUAAUGUUAUUUUCUGUGACGGCAUAAGAUUUGUCUCCUCUUAAGUGUUUGUUUUGCAACAACAAACUUAACUGGUUGAAAUUUGUGUAGCGAAGUUACUUAAACGGAGAUCUACAAUUUGAAGACCUGUUUACGAAUGUAAUGCAGCAGGUUUGUUGAUCUGUAUACGCUGACCUUGAGGUUUUGUAUUUUGCACGCGUAUACUCGACACUACUGUGUCAAACAUUUGUCAAAUUCCAGUUGCCUUUACACUGUGAGUUUGAGGUUGUUACAUAGGACAGAGGACAAGUGUCUCCUGAUGAAGGAUGUUACAAGUAUGUAUAUUCAGUGUUUGGAAGGAAGUACCGAGCCAAAGGAUUUUCUUUUAUGCACGAGCAAAUCAACAUGCUCAAUCUUUACAUAUAAAUACAAAUGACUAUAGCAAUGUUUGUCCUUGAAUGAUGAGUACGUAAUUCAAGGAUAGGUUCAUAAUUACAACACUGAAAUACUGUUCUGAAACUAAAAGCACCUGACGUGCAUUUUUGGGAAAGAACAAUAUACUGUAUAUCCCAUCUAAUUGUAACCAUUAUGUUCAAAAUUUCAAGCAGUCAGCAUCCUGGUGUGUGUGUGGUAGUUUGAGGUGUAGCAUUUUUAGUGAGUUGAAACAAAUUUUGUACACCUGAUGAUGGGGUUCAACCAUUUGACAGUUGAGGUCAGUUCAAAUCUGAAAAUCAUCAACCAGCAAGAUGGUUUUAAAAGAUUUACACAAAUUUGAGAACUAUUAAGAUUUAGAAUAUCUGCUCACGGAUGAUGUGGUCUUAAAGAUUCCUUCAUAGGUAUGAACUGUGUACGAGUAAGGUUUUUUUUUUUUUUUUUUUUUGAAAACUCAACAUCUCAUUUUAGUUUUCUUCCUCAUAACUGGCCAUUAGAUUUAGUACUUCCGCCCCUUAAUUCGUUUGAAAAAUGGUGCAAAUUAUGACAGGAGCAGACGCUAAGUAGAUUUGUUUUUCAAUAUACUUUUUAAAAAAAAUUCAAAUUCUGGUAAAAAAAAAAAAAAACUAAGAAUUUGCUCUGUAUUAAAAAAGGUUGCACUAUGCUUUAGACAGUAGAUGCCUAGCAUUCUGAGCUAAGCAUCUCAUUUUUUCAUUGAUAUUUUCCACCAAAUUUGGGCAUUAGGAAUGGUUGCCUGUGUUAUUUUUCAGUGAAUCCACACCUUUUCUUGUAUAUGCAAGGUUCAAACAUCUUGAUAAAUAUUAAUAUUUUCCUUCAACAAGGCCAGUGUGUAUUCCGUAUUCACUGGUGGAAAACAUCCUUAAGACCCAAGUGUGCACUUAAAGUAAUUAAUCAUGGUAUUUUCAGUCUAUUUACAACAGAAAUGUAACAAGUCCUCAUUGUUUAUAAAACUUUUAUUUAUGUAAAUCUUUCAAUUGAAGGCUUUUUUAAAAUAAUUAUUUGGGGAAAUUGCUCAUUUUGUACAUAAUCUAGCUUAAUAAACUUUUAAUAACUAA